GUCCAAGCCAACACCGAAGACGGGACCCAGUACCGUGUCGACUAGUUCCCGAGAAAAACCGGAAAAGUCCACCCCGGCGAGGUGAUCCACAUGAACAACCCGGGAGCUGAAAAAUGGCGACCGAUGGCCAUAUCGAAUCCGUCCACCAAGUUACGAAUGGCGAGAUCCAUGCCCCAUUGGGUCAUGGCGCAACAGCAGCAGCGGGAAGCAGAGCAACAACAACGCCGACCCCCGACGCCGCCGAAGAUCCCGCCACCGUCGCUCUCUGGGGACUGUGGUGACCCCGAUUACGAGAUCAUCGAGUUUCCGACCCGACCGCAAGCCCAGAAAUCCUCAGCGUCCCAAUCGAACGCUGGUAAGUGCGCUCUAUGCGGCACCCAGAACGUGUUUGCUCGUUGCGACACGUGCAACGAGAACUACUGCGAGGCCUGCGAUGACAUGAAUCACAAGCACCCAAAGCGGAAGAACCACGUCCGCAGACGGAUCCUGACUGACAACGCGAGUAGAAGCAGACCGCCGCUUCCGCCGAAGGGAGAGAACCUGUUGAACCCUCCGCCAGUGCCACCACCGCGAAGGAAUCGCAAGACCACUCAGGCUAAAUCGGCGCUAGCCAAAGGAUCUGCACAAUUCCCUUCGCUCAACAAGGUCGGAAGUUUGAAACGCAAUUUUUCCGAUGUAAAAUCACCACCGGAUUCGAGCACAAGAACGUCAAAAUCUACGAAUAUCUUAAAUACGCCAUCCAACGAUACUCCAGGAACAGACAAAAUGACAACUCUACAGGAGAGAUAUAGAAAAUACCAGGAGGUAAUGAGGGCUCAAGACGCAAGCAGACGACGACACCCGUCCUCUGAUACAAGGGAUACUUUGAGCGGAAGACCACUCAGCGUAGGCAGUCCGAAACUGGCACCACCACUUCCACCUCCGCCAUUACCUAGAACCAUGAUACAAUCGGCUAGCGUUUGCGACUUGACUUCGGCUCACAUGUGGAGUCCAGGAAUGCAUCAGGCACAAUCGAUGGCACAUCUCGGACCCGGCGGCGUGCCGAUAGUGUGGUAUCCACCUACUACUAAUUCCUGGGACGUAUCGAUGGGAGGCUCCACCGUGAGCCUGCAUCAUCCAAGCAUGUGGGGAUAUCCCAUGGGCUAUCCGUCAACGCAAAUGCUACCUCCGCAUUAUCCUGGAUCUCUUUCCAGAGGGCAGAGUCCGGCCAGAAGUGUCAAGUCUAGCAGAAGAUCGAGACCGCCAUCUCCGUCCCCCAGCCUGAAAUCGAGAAAAUCUUACGCCUCGAGAUCACGAUCGAGAAGGUCGCCCGGAUCACCAUCAGACGCGAGUUCCGAGAAUUCCGACGAGUCCGAUGUAGAUGAUAGAUUUUCCCGAGGAUCGAGAAGCAGACGCGGCAGCGUUUCCAGAAGUAUACGACGCUAUCACGACGAUGAUACCAGAAGUCUCGUAUCCAGAGGUCGACGAGAGAGAUUAAUGUCCGAGGAGAGAGUAAUGAAUACCGAGGACCAGUGGUCCGAGAGUCCAUCCAGUAAACGAUACUCGACGUCCCCGAGAAGCUACGACGAAUUUCAGAAGAGUAAUACUAUCUCUUCUGGGCGGCGUUGCAGCCAGGAGGAUCGCUCAGUUUCCAAGAUUGAUCCUCGGCUGGAUCCUCGCGUUCAAAACGAUGCUUAUCGCGACCGCCGAAGGCGAAGUACCGACGACGAGUCUUCCGAUCGAAAAGUUAACGCGCCGAGCCGAACACGAAUUACAAGCUCGUCUGAGGAUCAUUUCGAGAGGGUGGAAAACGCCUUGAAGAGAGCGUCGUCCCUUCGAAGGGACAUAAUGCUGGACGAUCUGGAACGAUCCUCUACACGUCGUGAUUCUCGUAGAUCGUCCUUCGAGAGCGACGGUCAGGUGAGGAAGACGCCUUCCCGCGAUAUAAUCUCCCCGAAAAGAACAUCCGGAGAAAGAACGCGCCUUCUGGAGAGACAAUCUUCUCAGGGAGGACAUUCAGAUCGCGUAAAUAUGGACGAGGUCGAGUCACGCUCGGCAAGGAGAGAACAGCAAAUACGCGACGUCUCGCGGGAGCGCGAGCUCCUCGCGAAGAGAGAGUCGUUCCAGCGAAAGGACACUCUUAACGAUCCAGAUCGGAUUUCUAAUAAACGAAGUUCCGGCAGAUCCUCGUUUGAAUCCGACAAUCAAAAUCUUAGAAAAACACCUUCUAAAGAAAUAAUAUCGAUAAAAAAACAGGGAGACAAGGAAAAUAGGGAGCUACCAGAAAUGAUGGAUAAACUUCAAAUUACGGAUCGUCAACGAACGAUCGAAAAGGAUCGACAAUUGAGAGAUCCGACACGAGCUGCUGAAACUCAACAGAGGAGACAACACAGCGCUGAGAUGAAACAGCAACAGGUACAAGCUCAGUCUCACGAAGAGCCAAAGGUAGCGAGGUCCAAAGACGCUGGCGAAGGUACAAGUGUGUUAUCCAAGAAAAUCGCGUCCGAUGGCGUGAUGGAAAUUCCGAAAGAGGAAUGGGCCUGCGAGCAUUGCACCUUCAUCAACAAGAUUAACGAUCGCGUCUGUGUGGUUUGCUGCAAGACGAGGAGCAGUGCUCUACCACCGAGUACUUUGAACGGCGACUCCGUGGCCGGCCCAAUCGAACCACAAGCAUCGAAAAGUGAGGCAUCAAACAACGUUGAUAAUCCUAGUCCCGAAAAACGGAUCAAUCUGUUAAAGAUCUCCAAUAGCGAAGAGAGCGGCGACAGCGGAUCCGUCAGGAAUAAAGAAACAAUCGUUCCAGACAAUGAUCCUUAUAUAGAGAAUCCUAAAACUACGAUCACAACUGUAGCCUCACAAAUAAAAGAAGCGUCAUCACAAUCACCAGACGUGAUAUUACCAGUCGAUGAAAACUUAUCGUUAGAAGUAUCCUCUUCAACGUUAACGUCUUCUUCAACUGCGAAUGUUUCCAAGGCAGAUACGAAUGAGGCGUUACGUGAGGAAAAGAUUCGAGGAAAAACUAUCGAAGAGCUAUCGAAGAGCCAUUCGAUAUCUACGGGAACAUCUCCUCCGCCGCAGAGUAUCUCGACUCAAACUUAUGACUAUCUCCCUGCAAAAGGGACUCUAGGAAGAUCCGCGUCGGCGGCAACGUCGAAAAGUUACUUAUAUUACGACGAUAGCGACACUGAGGAGCAGACCGGAUUUGUAAAUAGCCCUGAUUUAUAUCCACGAGUGUUCCAGGAACAGUAUCUUCAGCAACUGAUAACCGGACAGCGAAGCAGAGAGCGGACCAGAAGAAACUCCAUCGAUUCGUCCCAUCUCUAUUAUCGUUCCAGGGAACCCAGCCAACCGAGAUAUAUGGAGGCAGGUCCCAGUACCAGCCAAGGAGUCUCCACGUUGACGCGCCAAGGAUUGGAGAUAGUGGAACUUCUACGGGAAGCUGAAAAGCAGGGAUUCACGACCGAUGACGUUCAAGUCGCGUUGGCGCAGGGCGCGUCGAAUCCAAUCGAGUGGCUUCAGACGCAGUGGCCGCAUCUGGUGGAGACUGUGCAGGUUUUGGUGACAGCGCAGGGCAAAGAGUUAAAGGAGAAUAGUAUCGGCACGCUUUCGCCGGCCGAGGCAAAGGAGGCCCUUCGAGCUGUCAAGGGUGACAUGUGGAGCGCGAUCGCAACCGCCAUCCAACGCAGGCAGCAGAAAACCGAACAGAUCAUGGCAAAGGGAAAUUUUGCGCUGGCAGAUGUUGUCAGAGCUCUCGAUAAUAACGCUGGUGUCGAGGACGCCACUCUACUCGAAUUGCAGAAGAAUCAGCUCAAGCCUUUUUUAAUGAGGAUCUGGGGUCCUCCGGUUGGGGUGGAAAACGAGGAGGCUGCACCGCAUGAAGACGCAGCGGGUGCGGUCGGUGGUGGGACGGGGGUUCGCAUGGAACAAAUUCCGAAUGUGUCCGAUACGGAGGCGCGGAAGCAGGUAAUGUCACCAAUUGUUGAUCAUUUCGUGGCGUUGCAGGCCGACUUUCAAAAGCAACUGGCGGCCCUCAGAGAACUGACCGAUAACUGGCGACACGAGAAAGAUCCCCCGAACAAAUUGGGUAAUAAUAAGUCUGAUAAUCUGUACGAUCGCUCUGAUGAUAUGAAUAGCACUGUUCUAAUCGAUGCAAAUCUGGUCCCAAGGGCCGUACAACAUGCGCCCGUAGCGGAGCCGGGCGAUCUUGCGAUCACGCGGCACGAACGGACGAUCGUAGAUUCGCGAGACGACUCAAAGUACUCGUUGAAUGCUACGAAACCGUCGGAAGGCCUGGCCGAAGUAGGUGCCGCGUUGUCCACAGAAAUUCCCGCAAUUCCCGUAGUCGAUGAUCUUGCAGAGGCAAGUGCGACGGACUCUUCACGCGUGCCCGAACAUUCUUCAAAAAGUGACGAUGCCGAACGUUCGAUCGGAGAAACGUCGUCGACGAUCGACGCGGGCAAAACUGUGCGAAUAACCGAAUCCGAUCUGCCGAAACCCGCUGGUCAGAAGAGCGAAGAGAGUUGCGACGUUGAGGUGAAACGAAGCGCGCAGUUGCACGAAGAGACGAAAGAAACGCGUGCCUCAACGACAUCGAUCGACAAAACUGCAGCAGCGACAAAAGUUACGGAUGCACCUUCACCGAGGGGAGGACAGGAAAGAUUAUCGUCAAAUAACGCCGGGGGUGAAGAAGUAUCCUCGUCGCCCGGAACUUCUGCGCUUGACACAACGAAUAAUAGGGAAUCGGGUCAGUCCUCUUCUACGCGCCAGGAAACUUCGAGUGGUCCAGAAUUACCUCCUGAUAUAGCGGGACGGAGCAUCACGACGGAGAAUAGCGAGUCACUCGUCGAAGUUCUCGGGAAGUCUGCGGAAUUGAGCGGAGCACUUCCAAUCUCUUUUCAGACUUCAAGUGUUCCCCAACGAGCUGAGGAUAUAUCACGGAGGAGGACGUCAUCGCGGGACGAAUCCACAAUCGCGUCAAAUGCAACGGAGAUGGUACACGUGGAUGCAUCCGAGAGUGAUUCCGCGCAGGGACAAUCUGAUCAGCAUGUUCCCGUAAGGGAAAUUCCCAAGCAGAAGGGUGAGGCGCACACCGUGGCGGUGGAAGCUCUGCUGUCCGCCGUGAAAUCGCUGCCGGAGCAGUUUCUGACGCCGUUCAUAACAGCGAUGCAAACGCUGUCGUCCGGCAAGGGAGAGGCCGCCAAUCUAACUUCCAACGUGCAACUUAUGAACCAAUUGAAUACUUUAAACAGUCUGAAGGCCGAAAGUCCAAAAAUCGACGUGCCUGAGGCCGAAAUUAUCGAUAGGACGAAUGACGACACUCUUCGGAAAUCGACAACAAAUAUUGCACCAAGGGAUAACGCUGAUGAAAAGAAGCCCGAACAAAUCUCCGUAAACGUGAAGCCUGAAAAUGAGACUAAAUCGCAACCGCUUCGGGAGAAGGACGGCUCGGGAGAAGAUAAACAUCCGGAGAAAGGUCCUGAAAAAUUAAAGACCAGGAAAAUUAUCGAUAAGGAUAUCGCUAGACCUAAGUUCUCGGAUUCUCGGAUGGCAAAGCCCCGGUCGAGCGUUCCAGACAUUAAACAGCAACAUCAGGAUGUCAGAUCGGUACGUACAGACACGGACGAGUCUAACAUUUCGCAAACUAACAUCGCAACGAAUCUGACAUCUGAAACGGUCUCCGAUUCGGUGAACCCAAUGGACAAAGACAUUCCCAAAGAAACGCCGACUAUGAGUGAUGCGGCCACGUCGAGUGUAGGAAUAGUCGAAGCGCCGCGGACGGACGUCGCGAGGAAAAUAUAUUCACGUAAGAAUUCUUUAGAGAUAGUCGACGAGCCUGCGAGAAAUAACAAUCAAGAAAAAUCUGUCGGAGGCGAAACCGUAUCGAAGGAAAGUUCAGCCGAGGAAAUGCAUUCAGGUGAAUCAUCGAGUUCUCAUGUGCAAUCGUUAACAGCAUCUUCAACGCAUGAUCAAUCAAUCGUCCAGAAAUAUCUCGAGCUUACGAUCGCAUCCGGCGAUGCAUCGGCUGACGCGUCAUUAUUAUCAAAGGAAGCGAAGAACUCUUCCGUUACGCUUCAUGAAAAGCUUCUCGCUGAUAACACAGUCAUUGAUCCAUUCUCAAAAAGUGCCCCGUUGCAAGAUAAAAGUUCAUCGGCUUCUAUAAAUAACCGUAACAGUCUGGAAAAGUCUGUUUUUCAAGUAACGACGGAAACAAAUAUUUCACAAAAACAUCCGAUCGCUCAUAAUUCUAACACUGACCAUUCAUCCGUUUCGUACGAAGUAAUAAUAAACACAACUAAUUCGCAGUCGACAAAUAAACAAGAUAUUAACAAACAAGAGCAGCAAUUAAAUGAUUUAUCUCACGCGCAUGUUUCAAUCUCGCCAAUCUUGUCGACUUCAUCCCCCGCAAAAGUAUCCGACCGUUCUCUCGACGUUAAAUUAUCGUCCGCCGAAAUAUUCGAUAAUCACGAAACGACACUGCGUCACGAUAAAAGUGAUACAAAGCCGAUCGUCUCAAAAAAUGCGGUGCACGUUUCGGAAAAAGUAGAACAGACAAUUUUGGUCACAUAUCACACUCCCACGAACGACGGUAAAAAUGAAACUACGUUGAAAGAAAACGUGCUCGUUGAGCAAAAUACGACCGAUAAUUUAUCCAUUAUUCAAUCGCGAAUCGAUGAAAGCAUUCUACCACCAUUAACAUCUUCACACCCUACGGAAGUGAAUUUAAAUAAUUCGUCUGAUCGGGGGAAGAAAAUUACAUUUGUCUCGGCAAAAUCUGACAGUUCGAUGAUCGAACGAACAUCGGACAUUCAAUCUUUAAUAAAUCCACGAGAUUCUGCAGAUGGAGAUAAAUUAUUCACCCCAACAAAUAAUCAAGAGAUAACUUCCUCUAAUCAUUUAACGCAAGCAGAUGUAAUAUCACGCUCUAUCGCAAAAAAUGACGAAGUUAAUACUUCUCUUAUAAAAAAUAUCCCGUGUCUCGAAAUAUUAAGUAUCUCGGAUAAAUCCGAAACUCCAAAAGACAUCGAAAUUUCAGAGAAUAACGGUGUAGUAUCUGUUCUCCAAAAUUCAAAAUCUGCCAUUAAUGAAAACGUUGCGAGAAUUAAUGAGCCUUCCGACGAAAAUGUACGCAAUCGAUUCGAAUUAAUAACUAAUAACAUAGCAGAUAAUACGUUUCCGCGUUUACCUGCCGAACAUAUUUCUCCCUUAGAAAUGAAAAAAAACAUUUCGUGUCCUAUCGAUCGUGACGAGGAACUUCAUCUUAGAGGCGAGGUUUCUCAAUCUCACGAUGACAAGAAACAAGACGCACAAACGUCAGAUUCAACGACAAGAAAUAUUUUACAUGCGCUUAAAAAUCUCAAUACAUUCUUCGCGGGGGAGACCGAGGAGAGAAAUAUCGCUUCGGCAGUCUACGAAGACUCUUUCUCGGAUCCUAUUAUAGCGAAUGUCAGCGACGUGACGCCCGGAAUACCUGACACCUUUGAGAUAAAAAUAUCGGAAUCGCCGAUAACAACGGUAAACGAUUGCGCGCCGAUAAAAAAUAUCGCGAAUAUCGUCGAACGCGAGGUGGACCAGUUCGAAAGUGUUGAUACAAUCGACAUAAGAAAUGCGAGAGGUACGAUCAAUUCGUCCGGAAAUAAAUUUUCAAUUGUUACACGUAACGAACCGGUUGAACUGAUAUCGUUAGAAUUACCGAGUAACGAGAUAGAUAAAAAUAUAGAACGAGUAAAUCAACCUUGCAAAAGCCUUGUAAUCGCAAAACCUGUCGUGAAACAUCGAUCGAGAUCGCCCGUGAAAAAAGUCGUUCGAAGAAAAUCUCCGGUUAAGGUAAUAAGAAAAUCGGGUAGUUUAUCGAGAAAAAAUUUAACGCCGAAAAGCACAAGUCCGAAUAAUACGACCGUUACAAAAGCGAAAGUAACUGCUAGCGAGAUCACUAAAAGGUCGAAUCGAUUAGCGCAGUCUAAUGAGUCGCGCAUUAAAGAACCUUUGAAAUCCACGUGUAUCGCGAGUAAAAGUAAAAGUAAAUUCGUUGGGAAAAUAACGGUCAAGACAGUUAAACAAACAUUACAUAAUACUAGCAUGCAAAAAAUUGCAGGGGAUAUCAAAGUAAAUGAUAAUAAAAAAGUUUGUACGUCCGGUGCAGAAAAGAUGUCGAUAGUCAAUAACGCGUCAAUAACCAAUUCCGAGCCGCAAACUAAAUCGUCUAUUGUUAAAAAAUAUAACGGAAAUAAAUCGGAAAAUUCUAAAAAGAGGCUUGAAUAUUCUAAAAAUAAAAAUAUUGAAGAUGUCCAAAAUAAAAACUUGGGUAGCUCAAAAAAUAUAAAAGCAGAGGUUUCUGAAAAUCAAACAGUAAAAAAGAUAAAUCACAAAAUUGAAACCCCGAAUAAUGAUAAAAUUCUAAUAAAAACACUUUCAGCGGAGAAGGAUAAUUUAAAACUUAAAACAUCUUUGCCGUCAAAAAUACCCAUUCUAAAACAACGAAAAAACACGCUGUCGACAAAUACUGUAACAUUAAGCCCCAUUAAAAUAAAUUUUAAUGACAUGUCGUCGAAGAGGCAAUCAACCAAAUUGCCGGUAACGUCGCAAGCAGUUCCGAAAUUAUCUUUAAAAAUUCAGAAAAGAGCCAAUAUGUCGGCUUCACCAACCGUGCAGAAAAUCGAUUCGGAGGAUAAUGACAAACUGGAGAGAAAUCAAAUUAAAUCCAGUAACGCAAGGACGAUUGAAAUUACAGAAAAUGUGAAAGACAAGCAAAUCUUGGAGGAGAAUCAUGCUAGAGAUAGUACCAUGGAAAGUGAAGAAACCGAAGAGAUUCCGAAAGUUAAGUCAAUAGAAUCGGAAUUGGCAUUAAACGAGAAUUCACAAGCGUCGAACUUGACGCAUAACGAUCCGUCCGCGGAUCUUAGCAAACAAUUGGAAGUCGAAAAUGCAAUCGAGGAAAGCUCGGAUGCUUUCAGCUCCGGUCCCGAGUAUUCUGAAGAGGACGAAGGUGCAGAAACAGCGAAGUACAUUUCUGAUCAUAACUCGGAAUACAAUUCCGUCGAGGAGUUUACGGACGCGGAAUUGUUGUUAGAGAAAACGCUAAAUGAGAUAAGGUCUGAGAUAUCGGAAUCCGAAGAAGAGCGCACAGGCGAAUCCGAGGAAUGCGAAGAUGUCACUUAUUCGUACGAGACAGAAUGUUACGAUCAUAAUUCCAUUUCGUCCGAAGGUUCGAUUGACGAACAAGAGAUUAGGUCGAGCGAGCUCGAAGAUACGGUGGAUGAAGAUGUGUACGAAGAACUACUGUCCGAGGGAGAAGAAACAAAUGAGCAAAUCGAAACUUUGAAACAAGUAGAAGUAACCGAUAGAGAGAUCGACGAUAUAACACGUAACGAAAUAACAAAUGACAUUGAAAUUAACAUUUUGAAUGGAACAGAAAGCGAUCCUAAGGUCACGCGGGAAGAUGAAGGAAAAAAUUUUAAAGCAUCAACGGAAGCUGCCACUGAAGUGAAGACCGAAUCAUCUCGAUCGGAAAUAAUUGCGGGGAUCAAUGAAAAGAUACCAGAGGUUUCUCAGAAUAUUAAAGCGAAUUCUAAUAUCGCUGUAAUAGAUUCAGAGAUAGCAUCCUCAACGAGGUUCGGACAAAGUACAAAACCUAAGGAAGAUAUCCGGUCAAAAGUGAACGACUCAAAGAAGAAUGAGGACAAGCUUGAAGAACACGCGAGCGAAAUCGAGAAGAGAGAUCAGUCAACAGUGCAGAACGAUGCGAUAAAAACACUGAGAGUAGCCAUGAGCGUAAAGCGCGCGAAGGUAGGCCGAAGGGCAAGUACGGGGAGUAAAGAGGUCAAAGCCGGGAGAGAUGACACAUUAAAGGGGGUGGAUCGAGCUAGAGCGUCCAAGAAACGAUUUUCCCUCGUAGCCAGUUGCAUCCGUCGGUUCGAGGGCGAAGAGAAUGCCGAAAGGGCGCACGUGGAAAGCAUCGGGCGCAAGAGACGAGGAACCUCUCCCAAAACGGAGCGGGAGAGAAUAGCACGUCGUCUCUUGGCGGAAGGUCGGGCCGCGAAUUAUGAUGAGGCUGAGAUCGCCGCUAGUUUGCUGGCCCUCAAGUUCGGGGACGCCGAAGCACUGCAAGCCGCGAAAGAAUGUUCCAGCGUGGAAUCGGCGUUGGCCUUUUUGCAGCAGGAGUGCGAACUGUGCACCGGUCGUUUUGCAAUGAGUCAAAUGGUGUCCAUGCUGAAGUGUGUACAUCGUUGCUGCAAUGAAUGCGCAAAGAAUUAUUUUACCAUUCAGAUCAGCGACAGGAACAUCACGGAUGCCGUUUGUCCGUUUUGCAAAGAGCCUAAUCUCAAGGAUGCGAGCGAGGACGAAAUUCUCGAGUAUUUUAGUAAUUUGGACAUCCAACUGAAGACUCUGCUGGAUCCGCCGAUUCACGAACUUUUCCAAAGGAAGCUCAGAGACCGAACUUUGAUGCAGGAUCCGAAUUUUAAGUGGUGCAUUCAGUGUUCAAGCGGAUUUUACGCCGAUCCUCACCACAAGCGUUUAAUCUGUCCCGAUUGUCGAUCGGUCACCUGUGCCUUUUGUCGAAGACCGUGGGAAAAACAGCACGAAGGGAUCUCAUGCGAGAAAUUUGCCGCUUGGAAGGACGAAAAUGAUCCCGACAAUCAAGCCGCAGGUUUGGCUAAACAUCUGGCUGACAACGGCAUCGAUUGUCCUAAGUGCAAGUUCCGUUAUUCUCUGUCUCGAGGAGGUUGCAUGCAUUUCACGUGCAGCCAGUGUAAAUAUGAGUUUUGCUGCGGUUGCGGCAAGGCUUUCAUGAUGGGGGCGAAAUGCACGGUCAGCCCUUAUUGCGCCAAACUGGGCCUACACGCCCAUCAUCCGCGCAAUUGUCUCUUCUAUCUUCGUGACAAGGAGCCGGCGCAGCUGCAACAGUUACUCAGGGAAAACGGCGUUGAUUACGACACCGAAGAUCCGGUCGGGGAACGCAAGUGCAAAGUGCAAUUGCAGAAAGAAACGCCGACCGGGGUCGUGGACGCUGUGUGCAAUUCCGACGUCGUUGAAGGCCACGCUGGUCUGUGCAGGCAGCACUACAUUGAGUACUUGGCGGGCCUGGUGCUCAAGGGCAGGCUGGAUCCCGUGGCGAUCUUUGACUUGAACGACGCCAAGCAAGAGUUGCGCCGACGGGGAAAAGUUCCCCCUGCGAAGGACCAGGAAAUGUCCGAGCGGGAUUACCUCGAGGCUUGCAUUCAGGUCGUAAAGAAGGAGAUUCCACUGGAGUGACUGCGGAGGAGAAUCUCGGAAAAAAAAAUGGAUACGCAUGUAUCUGAAGCUAUAAGUGACGGAGCGUAUAUUGUAUAGUACAUUCAUUUUAUCUGCAUAGACCAUAAGCCUGCAAAGUGAAAAUAAUGUAGGACCACAAAACGAAAGUACUACGAGUAUCAUUUUGUCGUAACCGAGACAAAACCAGAAACUUAACUUUUUGACGUGGCGCAGUGCGAUCAAUGUUAAUUUAAUAUUGUAUUCGUAUUUAUAAUCAUUCGUAAAAAUUUGACGGGGAAAAAUAGUGUUCAUUUCUACUUUAUAUUUAUUAACAAUCCGCAAUUAAACGUUUCUUUAUGAAUGACUCGAGUAUAGUUAUCAAUGAGAGUUAAUAUAAUUAAUGUUUGAAAAUAUGUAUUUAAUGUUUGCUUUAUAUGACUGUUUUCCAAAAAAUAGACAAUUUAAUUAAAAAA